AUGGUUUACACGGGCAUGCCUGCUGUGAUGGUUGGGGGUUCCUUUUAUUGGUUGCUUUAUGGUUAUGGGAAUUCGCAACAAAUCCUUGAAUUUGAUUUGGAUAAGCGGAGCCUAGCUUUCAUAUCCAUGCCAGUGAGUGACAUUGGAGACAUGAGAGAUGGCAAUAUUUGGGUUAUGCCGGCAGAGGGUGGUGGCCUUGGUUUACUCUUUCUGAGAGGCAUUUGUGCCCAAUUAUGGAAGAGGAAGACCGAUUGGAAGGGUGUUGCCUCAUGGGUGCUGGGAAAAACUGUUGAAUUGGACAAGCUACUUUCCCUGAAUUCAGAGAAGCAGAGAGAGCGCCCAAGGAUACUCGGGUUUGCUGAGGACAAUAAUGUGGUGUUAUUGUGGACAUCUGUCGGCGUCUUCACGGUCCAGUUUGAAUCAUUGCAGAUCAAGAAAGUUUUCGAAUCCAGCACCUGGUAUCUCUAUUUUCCAUUCGAAGUUGUCUAUACUGCAGACGGGUGCAUUGGUGGUGGACCCUCUGGAGCUAAACUUUUGUACAAUACAUAA